AUGGUAGCCAUACUCCUUGGCAUAUUAGUAUUUGUAGUCGCCAUUAUUGUUUGGCUGCAUCCAAACGAUAAUCGGAAUAAAGUUCCACCAGGUCCGAAGGCAUUGCCACUCAUCGGUAACCUCCACAUGCUACGAAAACAACCACACCGCACCCUCCAAGCCCUCGCCGCAAAAUACGGACCCAUAAUGUUCUUGAAGCUAGGGCAAGUUCCAACUGUCGUUGUUUCUUCUCCAGAAGCUGCUGAGCUCUUUCUCAAGACCCAUGACCUAGAUUUUGCAAACAGGCCUAAAUUUCAGGUUGUGGAGACGUUUUUCAGUGGCAGUAAGGGGAUUGGUAUGGCACAGUACGGUUGGUAUUGGCGGCACGUGAGGAAGUUGUGCACAUUGCAACUUUUGAGUGGAUCAAAAGUUGAGAUGUAUGGUCCUUUAAGGAGGAAAGAGUUGGGAAUGUUGGUGAAGUCUUUAUGCAAUGCUUCUGCGUCGGGUGAGGUUUUGAAUCUUAGUGUGAUGCUGAAGGAGUUUUCUGAGAAUAUCACUUACAAGAUGGUAUUCGGUCGAACCCAUGACAAUAAUAGGUUCAACUUAGAGGCCCUUGUUGACUUAGUCGGUUCUGCUGGAGCUUUCAAUAUUGCGGAUUACGUGCCUAUCCUUGGCAUCUUUGAUUUUCAGGAUUUGGUUGUUAGUUGGAAUUAUGACGGGGUGAGAAGAAAGGGCAAAGGCAGUGACGACGGUGGAGGUGGGGAUGUAGUGACGAGGACGAAUGAGGAAGUGUCGUCAGAGGCGGAGGGAGAAAUUGACAGGAAAAGAGUGAGAAAGAAAGAGUGCGCUAUAAAGGAGACAGAGAUGGCCAUGGCAGCAAAAUUUGGGAUGGGAGAGGAAGGGAGAACGGUUGUUGGAUGGGAUGGGAAUCUAGUGAAGUUCUUGACAGUUGAGGAUGUUGAGAGAUAG